AUGUAUUUAGGAGCACCAAUUACAGCAAAGAAAAAUGCUGAACAACAACAACAACAACAAUCAAAUAAUAUACAUAAAAAUGAAACAAAUAAACCAGUUGCAAGAUCAUCAUAUCAAUUACCAAAGGAUAUAGGACCCGGUUUGUUAAAGUUUUGUCUAACACAUUCGGAUUCACCGAAUCUCACAGACUCACCGAUUGUAGAACGUGACCAGAAAGAUUAUGAUUGGUUACGUGAGGCAAUGGAUAAUCUAGAGGACGAUGCCAAGCGAAUGAAAAAGAUCAACGAGACGUUGGUGGACCCAAGCUCUACUGUUGGUCAACGUAUAUCGUCGUUGGAGGCACUCGAAUACUACAUUGAAGAUAUCGAUAACUCUGGAGACUAUAUUAAGAUCGGUGGAAUACCAAUAUUGAUAGAUUUGAUAAAGUCUGAGGACAACCAGAUUCGUGAAAAGGCAACCAACUGUCUCACUAUCAUCUCACAGAACGAAGAGACCAUUCAAAACUACAUGAUACAGAUUGGUGUAGACGAUCUAGCUAUUCAUUUGCUAAGCACAGAAACCAAUACCGUUUGUAGAGAAAAAGAACUUUCUUUAAUUUCAAGUAUGUAUAAUUCUAUGGUGAAUAAUUGUUAUCAAUCCAAUAACGAUACUAAUAAUAGUCAAUCGUCAUCAUCGACAUCCUCUUCAUCAUCAGGUUUACUUGGAAGUAAAAUUGAUAAAGUAGAUAGAUCAAAAUUGGAAACGAUCGUUAAACUUUGUAUAUCGUUUUUAUCACCGACCGUCGAUAUCUUUAUACCGGUGAAGCAAGCCAACGGUCAUACUAUUACCACUACACAUUCAAUCGCCAAUUCAGUGACUGGAAUGAGCAAAGCAACUCAUAUUUUAAAGAAGAUCAUUCAUGGUGUGCCAUCGCUGAAAUCAAAGGCAAUAGAGUUUGGUGUACUCGAAGCACUGGUCACCCUGAUUCAUGGAUUCAACAGUGCAUCGGUAGUAGAUCCACAUCAAACGAUUCUCUGUGAAAAGUGUGAAGCCACUCUUUUAAUGUUGCUCAGAGGUGAUCAAAAGAGUGUAAACGAAUGUAAAAAUCUUGGAUUGGAACGUGAAAUUCAAAUACGUCAACAGAGAAUGUCUAAAACCAAAGAAGAGAAUCAAGAUGAAUAUGCAACCAUUGAAAAUUUAUCAAAGUUAUUAAAAUAA